AGCAGCCAGUAGUCUUGCCGAAACAACUGUCAUUUAUGAUGGGGAAGACAGAGCGAGAGCUGGAAAACGCCAAAUAAACCUUUCAAGAAGUAUCAAAAACAACUUUUAAAGUUACUUGUGUUGUGUUUAAAGCUCACGUCGGCAUGUGUUAGUAACUUACAGAGAGGCAGCAACUUUGGCACCACGUCUUUCUCACCGCGAUAGGAAUUACAGCCAGUUUCGGAGGAUGUCAGCCCCCAGCAACUCGCUCCAGCAGCCGAGGGUGAGACGCAGCAAUGCGGGCUCCCCCGGCUCGUUCAACAACAGCAGCUGCCGUUUGCACCCCAUCCGUGCCACCGUGCCCUACCAGCUCCUGCGUGGGGGUCAGAGCAGCCCGACGCGGUCUCAGACCCUCUACGGUGGAGCCACGAACAGCCGAGGCUCGAGUCCCCCCUCCAGCCCGUCACUCAGCUCAGGAAGUGCAAAUGCUAAGCAAAGACUGUCCCCCGAAAACAAGGACUCCUCCUGUGCCCCAGACUCUCCAGUCUCCAGAGAAAGGUCCAAGUUACAGGUUCGGAGUUCUAGUGCCAUCCGGCGGACAUCUUCCCUGGACGCCAUCACGGGGCCAUACCUCACCGGCCAGUGGCCUCGGGACUCCCACGGACCCUACCCUUCCUGUAUGAAAGACAAAGCCACACAGACUCCAGGUCUCUGGAUUGAUGAGGGAGCAGAACAGGGAAGUCCUCACCAGCGGUCAGCUUCCUGGGGCAGCGCAGACCACCUCAAAGAGCAGAUUGCUAAACUGAGACUGCAGCUGCAGCGCAGCAAACAGGUCAGCCGGCAGAGCAAAGACAGGGAGCAGAGCUCACUGCAGCUGCAGCAACAGGCGCAGCAUGGCACUGCAUGCCAACCGCAGUUCAAGGGAACUUCAUCAGCCCUGUCAACAAUCCCUGUGCCAAAAUCCCUCAUAUGCAGAGUGCCGAGCAGUGUGGAGGGCAUCAGCCAUGAGCUGGAAAAUGUGUUUAUCAGAGAGGACUGGGAGCAAGGGAUACAGGCCAUGGAUGCGGUAGAUGGCCGCCGCGCCCCUUUCCCUCCUCAUCACUACAGCAGCAGUGACACACGUGACACAGACACACAGGCCCCUUCAAGUGGUGACUCCAGCCCCUCGCCCCGCCCCUGCAGCUCCGACCACGUCCACUCUCCUGAUGGAAGCCCGUGCUCUGCAGAGGACAUCGACAAAGACAGUGUGUGCAGUUCUCCUCUCCCCAAGUUUGCCACAUCUCCCAAACCUAACAACAGCUACAUGUUCAAGCGGGAACCUCCAGAGGGCUGUGAGAAGGUCAAAGUGUUUGAGGAGAUGGUGUCUGGCAAAUCAAAAGGCUUCCCUCUCUUCUCGUGCCCUGACAAAAACAAGGUGAACUUCAUUCCCAGGGGCUCGGCCUUCUGCCCCGUCAAACUCCUCUGCUCCUCCCUCUUCUCCCCCGUCUCUCCCUCAUCCUGCUCCUCCGCCAACCUCGGUCUCCAUGGCAACGACAGCCCAGGGCCUCAGGUGACCCCGACUCUGCCCACUGCACCACUACCUACCUUUCCGGCCUCCGCUGACUGGAGCACCGACACAAGCACAGGCAUGAAAACAGACAAUAGCACAGACAGCCAGAGCCCCGACACAGACGUGGGGAAAGAUGGCUCAGGACAAGUUCUCCUCACCAGCUAGUUCUCAGGUAUUCAUAACCAAACCACCUACAGCUGAAACAUUACAGCUGCUCAGGUGGUGUGGUUUUAAAACAAAAAAAAGGCAAAACAAAAACAAACAAAAAAAUAUUCGCACUCCGUUAAUCCUAACGUUAGCCAGCAGGGACUGCCCGAGGUCUAGACAUGACAAACAAAAGUACGAUAAUGGUACCGGCGUCCUGCCGUACACGCCUGAUGGUUUGGUCAGAAAUGUGCUGACCUUGGGCACAGCCUCCUGUCACCCAUCACUAACCUAGCCUUCUCCUCCGUACCCUGACAACACCCCUAACAAAAAUAGCUUUGCUUUCUUUUGCAAAAAAAAAAAAAAAAAAAAGGUAGAAAUGACUGCUCACAUGAUUGUGUCACGAGGUGCCGGCAGUUUAUCGAGAUGAAAUUAAAAAGGAAAAAUCUCUCACAAGAGACAGCUAUGAGAAACACAUUCUACUCAUGUUAUCUAACCAGCUUAUUAGCUGUUCAGUGUUCAGCGAGCUAACAUCUUAAGUACAUACACGUAAGCUUUUUGACAGGAUGGAAAUGCUCGGUUUAUGUAUUUAGCAUAUCAGGAUGUCUCACAGUCAGAAUACAUCGCCCCACAUUAACCACAAUGUUUGCACUUGUUAAGACAUGGCUCAGAAUGAUACAGGCCAUGGCCUAUUUUUUUAUUUGUUUAUUUUAAAGUAUUUGUAGCACAAUGUCUUUGUGAAACCAGCAGUUUGCUUGAUGCUCCACCCAACAGGCCGACAAGCCAAGACCUAGAUCUGCAUUCUAGUCUGAUCCCUAUUAAAACUCGGUUAGCUCAACACAAAAAAUGCAAAAUAUCAGCUGUUUUUCAGCGAUCAAAUAACCAAUCACAAAGCACACAACUCCCCCAUUGCCUUGUUUUAUUGCCCCACACUACACAGAACAAUAACUCAGGUCAUGUGGAAUGUACUUGCUUGGACUAUGUUGCCUUUCCCCAGUGUUUAUGACUUUCUUCUACAGAAAGACAUUCCAGUCUUUUGCAGAAAUGUUUUAUUUUUUCCCCCUGGAGAGGGAGAUUAUAACGGACUGAAUCAACCGAUUGGUGUCACAGCUUGUGACAAGUGACUUUUGCGUUAACCUCUUCAGGUUAGAGUUUCAGGUGCUAUGACACAUUCCAGAGAUCGCUGUUGCUUUAGUCAACCGUGACUACUCGUGUAAGCCGAACUAGCUACAUAAGCUACACCCUCACAAAUUGACAGAUAUGUCGUUUGUUUCUCCCCUUUGUUAAAUAUGUACCAAAGCAAACUGCAGAAUGAUGACAGGCCUGUCAUGUAUUUGGGACGCAGGAGGCACUGUUUUUGUGCCAGAAGCAGAAUGUUUAUGUGCAUUUGGUUUAUAAACACUUCAGCUACAUACAAACACUGGUUCAGAGUGUUUCAAACACAGGCGAUAAUCGUUGGACCAAGCCUAAGCACUUACUUGGAAGUGAGAUGAUAAUCACUAUUUUUUAUUUUAGACCAACUUGUAAGUUAAAACAAUCAGAACUUGAGUGUGCAAUUGAUUUUUUUGUUUGAAGUAACGCUACACUAACAGUUUUUGUGUAACACAGUUUGGCUCAAUAUAGAGAUCCAACCAGAUGUGCCCUAACGUUACCUGCACAAGUUUAACACCAGAACAUAUUUAAAAAACAAAAAACAAAAAAACUUGACUGAUGUAGACCAGGUAAACUUUGAACUAGUAAAUGUUUCAUUCCAAAACUUUGGUCUAUCAAGCCACUUACUUGCACAGAAUCACAAGUAUGAACAAUAUGCAACACAUUCCACACAAAUUAAGUUGAGAUACUCUCUUCUGCUUGCAGCUCCAAGAGUUUCAAUCAUACUAAUUCUGAUUUUAUUCACAAGCUCAUUGUGCAGUGCAGUUAAGAAAUGGUUGCCAUGUUUGGCAAUGGUGAUU